GGUGUGAGCACCAAUGCAGUGAGGCAUGGCUGUUGCACAAGUGGCAGAGGGGCCAACCGGGACAGCGACAAAUGCAUGUUUUACAUGUCAUCAACCGGGACACUUGGCCCGAGAUUGCCCCCAUCGUGCCAUGCAGCCCCGAGUCGGGAUCGCGUCUGCUGCUGCAGCUCCCAUAGCUAACGGCCUAGGACGUGUAGGAGCCGUGAUGGAUGAUCAGGGGGGAAGUACGGGAAUGAUGAUUUCCAGUGAGGAAGCAGCUGAGCUUAUCCCACUGGAGCAGUACGUAUCACUAGGACACCCGGGGCUGGAAAUGAUUGGGACAAUUCGACCGGAACUCGAGUCCAGGGAUGUCGCAGAAUGGCGGCCUUCGUCGAGCGAAAUGGAGACGGGAGGCCCUACCUUUGUAACAGGAGAAAACGAUGUCAUUGAGGUCACUCGAGCACUCGAUCAUCGAAUCCCUCUCCCAAUCGGCCACCUACUCUCCAUCUCGGGACAGGCGAACGAACGCAUGAUGCAGCAUUGCAAAGCGAACCGGAAGCGAUUCGAUCUUGCCUGCGCAAAAGAACAGAAGACGAAGGCGCCGCCUUGGGAGGAAAAGGCGGACGUCGCCCCUGAUCCCACCCGAGUCGGAUUAAUACAGAAAGAUGACCACUUUCUUCGGAUCAAGCCGAUUCCGUGGAAGUCAGCCGAAUGUGAUAUUGAAGUCUGGGGAAUGUCGUAUAGUGCGAUCAUAGAUUCGGGAGCGGCUGUCCUAGCGAUAUCACUCCGAGCAGUCGAGAGAGCGGGUAGGAAGAAUGAUUUGAUUAUGCUUACCGAGAAGGACCAGCUCGUAUCGGCUGACGAAGAAAAGAUCAAGACAGUAGGACUGCGUCCAGGCUGUCGGAGGGUUCUCACCCAGGAGCUUACGGUCCCAAUUGCGCAGGUGGCCGACCAUCUUGACGUCAGCAUUGUCUCCCAGGUCGACCCGCGCUUGGUGCCCCACGUCACCUCGCGCACACUGUCGCCGUAUCUUCAGUGGUCAGCUUGCGUGGAGGGCUUCCCAUCGAGAAUUCCGCCUUCACAGUUGGAUUAUUUGGAUCCUCGCGACAUCGUGGAUCCCGCUUUCUAUAGACCGCCGUACGAGGACGAAGUGGAGGAGAUAAUUCGCGAGGAGCUCGCGGAAGAAAGUUCGGAGGAAGAGGAGGAGAAUCUGAACGAAGACGAAGGGGAGCCGGCACAGCAACAAGAAGGAGACGAAGAUGAGCUCCUGCAAACGGAGAGCGAAGAAGAAGCAGAAGAAGAAGACAGCAAGCAGGGGAGCGGAGAUGACAACGACGAGCAGCAGGCCAACGAGGAUCCCCAGCUAGAAAUUGCGCCGGUUGCUGAUCUUCCGAUCAGCAACGAUCCAACGCUCGACCCGGAGCCACCUCAGCCAGACGACGGCCAUGUGGCCCAGAUGGGUUGCAGUCGUGGUGGGAGUGUGUUAUCCGGUUUCUGGGAAUUCGUGGACUCCCUCUGGGCAUGGGCAUACACCUUGAGAGGAUUUUGAAGUAAAGAUCUGGUUUUCAC